CUUGGAUAACAUGACCCUUCCUAGGAAUAAUAACCAAUCUCCCCCUAUAAAUAUCCCUCCCACUCUCAACUGAUGAUCUACACACGCAACAACUUCCACAAUGUCAAACUACGAUCACUUCAGAUGCAAACCACGACUCCCCAAAUUCGCUAACCCUAAAACCUACGAUCUUCACCUCAAACCAGAUCUCACCGCCUGCAAAUUCACCGGCACCGUCAACAUCCGCCUCGAUAUCGUCGCCGAUACCAAAUUCAUCCUCCUCAAUGCCGCCGAUCUCUCCGUUGAUUCCAAAUCCGUUCGGUUUCAAUCGGAAACCGGUUCGAAGGGAUUUGAGGCUGUGAAUGUUGAAUUGUUGGUUGAAGAUGAGGUUUUGGUGUUGGAGUUUGCUGAGAAUUUGCCUCAAGGUGUUGGUGUUUUGUUUAUUAAGUUUGAUGGCACGUUGAAUGAUCAGAUGAAAGGUUUUUACCGGAGUACAUAUGAACAUAAUGGAGUGAAGAAAAACAUGGCAGUAACUCAAUUCGAACCUGCCGAUGCCAGACGAUGCUUUCCUUGUUGGGAUGAACCUGCUUGUAAGGCUACAUUUAAGAUUACACUGGAGGUGCCUUCGGACCUAGUAGCUCUUUCAAAUAUGCCUGUAGUUGAAGAGAAGGUGGAUGGCAACUUGAAGACUGUUAGCUACCAGGAAUCACCAAUCAUGUCUACGUAUUUAGUUGCUGCUGUUGUUGGUUUGUUUGAUUAUGUUGAAGACUGUACUCCUGACGGAGUUAAAGUGAGGGUAUAUUGCCAAGUUGGUAAAGCAAAUCAAGGGAAGUUUGCACUAGAUGUUGCUGUCAAGACCCUUGGCCUCUACAAAGACUAUUUUGAAACACCUUAUACACUACCCAAACUGGACAUGAUUGCAAUUCCCGAUUUUGCUGCCGGGGCCAUGGAGAAUUACGGUUUAGUUACAUACCGAGAAACAGCCCUACUUUACGAUGACAAGCACUCCGCAGCGGCGAACAAGCAGAGGGUGGCAACUGUCGUAGCACAUGAACUUGCACAUCAGUGGUUCGGCAAUCUUGUAACGAUGGAGUGGUGGACGCAUUUAUGGCUGAAUGAGGGAUUUGCCACUUGGGUAAGCUAUUUAGCUGCUGAUGGGUUGUUCCCAGAAUGGAAAAUAUGGACUCAGUUUCUUGAUGAAAGUACUGAAGGUCUUCGACUUGAUGGGCUUUCAGAAUCACACCCUAUUGAGGUGGAGAUUAAUCAUGCAAGUGAAAUAGAUGAAAUUUUUGAUGCAAUAAGCUAUCGUAAGGGAGCUUCUGUCAUUCGCAUGCUGCAGAGCUAUCUUGGUCCUGAAGUUUUUCAGCGAGCACUUGCUAAAUAUAUAAAGAAACAUGCUUGUUCAAAUGCAAAGACCGAGGACCUGUGGGCCGCCCUUGAGGAGGAAUCCAAGGAGCCUGUGAAUAAAUUGAUGAAUUCAUGGACAAAGCAGAAAGGUUAUCCGGUUGUCUCCGUUAGCGUGAAAGAUAGCAAAUUGGCGUUUGAACAGAGGCAAUUCUUGUCGAGCGGCGGUUCUGGGGAUGGGCAAUGGGUCGUGCCAAUAACACUAUGCUGCGGUUCAUACGAAGCAAAGAAGAGCUUCUUACUAGAUAAAAAAUCACAAACCAUCGAUAUCGAUGAACCAUCAUCAUUAUCAAAUAGUUGGAUAAAGAUUAACGUUGAUCAGGCAGGGUUUUACAGAGUUAAAUAUGAUGACAACUUGUCUGCCAACCUUAGAUACGCAAUAGAAAGUAAACGUUUGUCAGCAAUGGAUAGAUACGGAAUUCUUGAUGAUUCGUUUGCGUUGUCUAUGGCUGGCCAGCUGCCUUUAUCUUCUUUACUUACAUUGAUGGGUGCUUAUAGAGAAGAACCGGAAUAUACAGUCUUGUCCAACUUAAUCAGCGUUAGCUCUAAGGUUGCAAGAAUUGUGGCUGAUGUUGAUAGUGCAUUGGUUGACAACACUAAGAAGUUUUUCAUCAAUCUUUUCCAAUAUUCUGCAGAGAGGAUCGGUUUUGAUCCUAAACAAGGAGAAAGUCACUUGGAUGCGUUGCUAAGAGGGGAACUUUUUACUACCUUGGCUGUGCUUGGACACGAAGAAACACUAAAAGAAGCAAGCAAGCGGUUCCAGGCAUACUUAGAAGACAGGAACACACAUUUACUUCCGCCUGAUAUACGAAGGGCGGUGUAUGUUGCUGUGAUGAAGAAGGUGACGUCAUCAGACAGAUCGGGUUUCGAUUCGCUUUUGAAAGUUUACAGAGAGACUGAUCUGAGCCAAGAAAAGACUAGGAUAUUAGGUGCUCUUGGAUCUUGCUGUGAUCCCGACAUAAUUCUCGAAGUUCUUAACUUUUUGCUGACUCCCGAGGUUCGAAGUCAAGAUGUUGUGUUUGGACUGGCUGUUAGCCGAGAGGGGCGUGAAGUGGCUUGGAACUGGCUCAAGAACAACUGGACACACAUUUCAAAUACUUGGGGCCGUGGCUUUUUAUUGACACGCUUUGUCAGCGCAAUUGUAUCACCGUUUUCGUCUCCCGAGAAGGUGAAGGAAGUGGAAGAGUUCUUUGCAAGCCAUGGUAAGCAGCCUUCAAUUGCAAGAACGUUGAAGCAGAGCAUCGAACGGGUUCAGAUCAACGCAAAGUGGGUCGAGGCCGUUCGCAACGAGAAAAACCUUGCAGACUGUGUUCAAGAACUUGCAUUCAGGAACUACUAGCAACAAACGGCUUCUUAAUUUCUCCAGGUUUUCUAUUUGCUUGCUUUAGAAGGUGCUGCUACUGCACACUUGAUGCUCGCCUUUAACUCCGUGUUUUAUAAGACAGACAAAAAACUUGUAACUUCAUGUUUUGUUUUUGGCAAUUUUUUUUCUUUUGUGCAAAUUCCAUGAUUGGUAAGUUGUGAGGCUGUAUGAAUUGCCACCUCAAAUCUUAAGAAAAGCAGCCUUUUCUUGCCAUUUAAGGAAAGGCUAGAUGCCUAGAUCAAAGAUUUGCAAGUAAA